CCUAUGUGGUUUUACCAAGAACUUCAAAGAUGACGAAUUGAAUUAGUUGUCAGUCUAUUGUUUCCCAAUGCGGUUGACUGUUUUCUGCUUGUGCCUCUUUUUGUGCCUGGAGCUGUUAGUGCCCAGACACGUCGUGGGCCACGAUGGAUUCCAUAACAUCGAGAAGGAAAAGCGCUGGAAAAACUGGCCAGCACGUGUGAGGCACCACCAUAAAAACAUAACUCCAUCUGAUCGCUGACAAGGUUGGGAUUGCACGCGAUUACUUAGGGCACGUUACAAAGUCAUUUACACGGCCAUAAUGCCUCGGAUCUCGCCAGACAAUGGGAAGCGGAAGCCUUGUCCAUCAUAUCAAUGGAUCACUGCUUAAUUGAGCAUUUCCAAUGUUCGAAUGUGUAAAUAAUAAAUUGAAU